CCAUGUCAUCCGCCUAAUACGCGCUCUUCCUUUCUUCUUGCUUUUCAUAUCUCCUGUAUCUUGUUAUCAUAUCUCAUCGAUUAAUCUCUCCUGUCUACUGCUACGUAUAUCUCUUGCUUGGGCUCUAGCUUAUUUUUUUUUCCUUGUGCUACAAUAACACAACACCCGACCAAAAAUGAUUCUGUCUGACUUGACUACGUUUUCAUCGAACGUAGAAAAUGUAGAAGACGAACUAAUUAACGAGAAGGAGCUGUUGGAGUUCGUUGACGUUCGUGAGCUGAUAAAAAACCCUGUUGUAGAGAGUGCGAAGUUCGCAUUUGAAAAGACAGACCUCGUGAAAUUAGACGAUACUGGUAUCUCGAACGCUGCUAAAUACGUCUCCCAUAAACUCACCGAAGAGACAUACACACCGUCAACCUGGCGCACGCACGCACUACACCUCUGUCCACCAGAAACAUUCUCCCCGUCGGAUCCUCGCACGCGUCAAGUCCUAGACUGGAUCUUCCUCAUCUCCUCGCUCAACUUUUCCUUCUGGUCUGAGAAGGAAGGCAAUGAAAAUGGUGUAUGUGAACGGUUUGGUAUAGAAUGGCGUGCUGGGUGGGAUAGUGAGGAAAGACGCAUUUGGACGGGUUAUUGGAGUUUAGUGGCUGCUAUUGAUCGAGCCUUGGAGGCCAACAUCCCAAUAACCGACCCAUUCUUCUAUUCAUCCAUCGAACGAUGCCCAGACAACCUCAUAGCAUCUAUAUUCUUACCAGCUCCACAAUGUACUGAGGGGAUUCCUCUGUUAAGGGAGCGGAUUGCCGUCAUGCGCGAGAAUGGGGCAAUUUUAUGCGAGCAAUUUGGAGGUAGCUUCCAAGGAUUCUUGGAUGAAUUUGCGAGACGACACGGUGGGUCGGGACGUGGGACGGCUCUACAGCUCGUACAAAUGAUCACCGAGACAUUCCCUUCUUUCCGUGACGAAGUAGUGUACAAUGGUCGAACAGUGUAUUUCUGGAAACGCGCACAAAUCCUCGUCGCAGAGACCUGGGCAGCCUUCUACCCACUCUCUUCUCCACACUCGCAAUUACAACCACAACCACACCCAUUCUUCCCUAACGGCGUACACGAACUCACGAUGUUCGCAGACUACCGCGUCCCACAAAUCUUACACCACCUCGGUAUCCUCGUCUACCCACCCGAACUCAUUCAACAACUCCAGGCAAAGGUGAACUUCCCACCUGGUAGUAGGGAAGAACUGAGUAUCCGUGCUGCUAGUAUAUUGGCUGUUGAAGCUGUGAGGGAUGAGAUUUUUCGACUUCGUUCUACCUCGGAUACCACUGCGCUGGGAGAUGGUGAGAGUAAGGAAGUGAGCAGCGUGUUGAUCGAUUUUUAUCUAUGGGACCUUGCGAAGAGUAUCGAGCGCGGCCAGGACGUCAUCGAAGGAGUUACCACUCAGGAGAUACUUCCCGCUCACAGGACGAGAAGCAUUUGGUAUUAA